AUGGGAGUAAAUAUGGACAUAUCAGAGGAUCGCUGGAGCUUUUAUUGGAUAUGCAUUGUGGUUUUCUUAACUAACUGGAAUUACGCAGACGGACAGAUUGUUUAUUCUGUGUCGGAGGAGGUGAACACUGGGACCACGGUAGGAAAUUUAGCAAAGGAUCUAAAUUUGAACGUGCAAGACCUCGAGAGGAGAGGAUUUCAAAUCGUAUCGGGGCCUAAUAAGCAGUAUUUUGAUCUGCAUGCGAGGAAUGGGAUUCUCUUUGUUAGAGAGCGAAUAGACAGAGAGGAGCUGUGCGGUCGGAGCUCCAAAUGCGCUUUAGAGUUGGAGGCCAUUGUUAGUGCGCCAAUGAGCAUAUAUAGAUUUGAGGUGAAUAUUUUAGAUGUUAACGACAAUGCACCGACUUUUCGCACCUCAAAACUGUUUCUUAAUAUUUCUGAACAGACAUAUCCUGGGCAGAGAUUUACAUUACCAAGUGCAUUUGAUCUCGAUGCUGGUGUAAACUCAGUAAAAAGCUACAAGCUGAGUGCGAAUGAGCAUUUCUCUCUGGAUGUACAGAGCGCAGGAGAUCAGAGUGUGUCUGCUGAAUUAGUGCUGCAGAAAGCUUUAGAUCGAGAAAAACAGCCGGUGAUCCGGCUCACACUGACCGCUGUAGACGGAGGAAAACCUCCAAUGUCUGGUACUACGCAGAUUAUAGUAAAUGUAGUAGAUGUGAAUGAUAAUAUUCCCGUCUUCGACAAGCCGCUUUAUAAAGCGCGCAUAGCAGAGAAUUCAGCCAUUGGGGCUUCUGUGAUCACAGUGAGCGCAAAAGACGCAGACGAGGGUCUUAAUGGCGAAGUCAUAUACUCAUUCAUAAAUCAUGAUAAUGAAAACAGCAUAAAUGCGUUUUUAAUUAACCCAAAUACUGGUGAAAUCACUGUGAAAGGCCCUUUGGAUUACGAAGAAAAUGCUGCGAUUGAGAUUCGUGUUCAGGCCGAGGAUAAAGGACAAAACCCACGAGCAUCCCACUGUAAAGUUUUAAUCGAAAUCAUUGAUUUAAAUGAUAACACACCAGAAAUUAGCAUAAUGUCUUUGGUUAAUGAAGUGAAAGAGGAUUCGGCUCCUGGUACAAUGGUGGGGUUAAUCACAGUAAAAGAUGGAGAUGCUGGUAAAAAUGGCGUUGUGCGUCUACAAAUACGCGACUCGGCGCAGUUUAGGUUAGAAAACACUUACAAAAAUAGAUUUUCGCUUGUGGUGAACGGGCCUUUAGAUAGAGAAGUGGCAUCUGAGUAUAAUGUGACAAUCAGCGCUGCUGAUGAAGGGACUCCGCCUCUCUCUAGUACCAGUGUCAUUGCUGUACACGUUUCUGAUGUCAAUGACAACGCGCCGCGCUUUCCAGAGCCCGUCAUUAAUGUGUAUGUGAAAGAGAACAGUCAGAUUGGAGCUGUUCUUCAUACAGUAUCUGCUGUUGAUCCUGAUGUAGGUGAUAAUGCCAGAAUAACAUAUUCUUUACUAGAAAGCUCUAAAAGCGGCCCGGUAACAUCCAUGAUCAACAUCAACUCUGACACUGGAGAUCUGCACAGUUUACAGUCGUUUAACUAUGAGGAGAUCAAAACAUUUGAGUUUAAAGUUCAGGCCACAGACUCUGGUGUUCCUCCGCUCAGCAGUAACGUGACUGUAAAUGUGUUUGUCCUGGAUGAGAAUGACAACAGUCCCGCGAUUCUCGCGCCCUAUUCCGAGCUCGGUUCCGUUAACACCGAGAACAUUCCCUAUUCUGCUGAGGCGGGCUACUUUGUGGCCAAGAUCAGGGCUGUAGAUGCAGAUUCCGGUUACAACGCGCUAUUGUCCUACCACAUCUCUGAGCCCAAAGGAAACAAUCUGUUCCGAAUCGGAACCAGCAGCGGGGAGAUCAGGACUAAGAGGAGAAUGAGUGACAAUGACCUGAAAACUCACCCGCUGGUCAUUUUGGUUUGUGAUAACGGAGAGCCCUCACUGUCAGCGACUGUGUCUAUUGAUGCUGUGGUUGUUGAAAGCGGAGGUGACGUCAAGACUCCAUUCAGACAUGCGCCGGUAAAGGAGGAGAGUUUCUCGGAUUUAAAUCUGUAUUUGCUGAUCGCCAUUGUGAGUGUGUCCGUCAUCUUUUUACUGAGCCUCAUCAGUUUGAUAGCUGUGAAAUGCCACAGGACAGACAGCAGUUUGGGCAGGUACAGCGCCCCGAUGAUCACCACACACCCUGACGGGAGCUGGUCUUACUCCAAAUCUACUCAGCAGUAUGACGUGUGUUUUAGCUCAGACACACUGAAGAGUGACGUAGUGGUUUUCCCCGCGCCAUUUCCGCCUGCAGAUGCAGAACUGAUCAGUAUUAAUGGAGGAGACACUUUCACCAGAACACAAACACUGCCUAAUAAAGAGAAGCCUAAAGUUCCCAGUUCAGACUGGAGAUAUUCGGCGUCCCUCAGAGCAGGAAUGCAAAGUUCUGUCCGUAUGGAGGAGUCCUCUGUGAUGCAGGGAGCUCAAGGAGUCCUGGUUCAGAACUGGCCCACCGUUUCCAGCGCUCCCGAUAAUGAGGGUGGAGAGGUGUCUCCACCUGUAGGCGCUGGAGUGGACAGCAACAGCUGGCAUUUCCGAUAUGGGCCGGGUCCCGGAGGCCCUCCGCACCUGAAACCCGGUGAAGUUCCUCCCGAAGCCUUCAUCAUCCCUGGAUCUCCGGCCAUUAUUUCCAUCAGACAAGGACAGGACGGUGACGACAAGAGCGACUUUAUUACCUUUGGGAAAAAGGAGGAGGCCAAGAAGUUAAAGAAGAAAAAGAAGAAGGAGAAGAAGGAUAAGCGGGAGAAAGGGAAGGAUGAUGAUGAUUAGAGAGACAGAGGAAGGAUGUCUUUUAAAAGACAGAAGUCUCAACGAAAGUCUGUAGAACAAAAAGUGUGCGUUUAUUAAGUCUGAGAUGCAUAUUUGGGAGCUCGUCCAAAUGUUUUCUUUUUACAAAAACGUUCCUGUUUGAUUACACAAAUACAUGGCAUCCCUUUCCAUUUCUUAAUGAUGAAACUGAUUAAUCUUGCCUGUUAGAUUACUGAUUAGUGUUCUCUACAAUUCAGACUGGAGUUGGUACGUCUGUCUUUUUCAUCCGAUUGGCUUUUGUUUUCCUUUUGAUAGGAAGACAAAAUCUGAUGUAUAAUGUUUGUUAGCUGUGUGCCGCUUCAAGUGUGUUAAAAUGCAGGAGGGAAAAAAAAAACUGCACAUGCUGGUGUAAAUAUGCAGGUCGAGGUGUGUGAAGACGCUAAGUUAACGCUUUUUGCUCAUUCACUUCUCCUGGUGCAGGAUGGGAGAAACAUCCUGUAAAACGAGAGACGCUGAUACAUACUUUCACACAGAGGACACAAAAAAAGUCUCACAUCCUCGAAAUAAA